CAACAGUAGCCAUGAAAUUUAUCUCAGCCAUUGUGGUAAUUCUGUGCCUGUGCAUGGCGACAAAGCGCCACGACGCCACCCGCCCCGUCGAGGAAGGGAUGACCCUAAUCGAGGAAAUGUGUAGCCAAACCAAACACAAGGAGCUGUGCGUGGACUCCCUGACCUCGGACCCCAACAGCUACCCGGCCGACAAGACGGGGCUAGCCCUGGUGGCCCUCCGCUUCGCCUCUUCCAACGCCUCGGACAUCUCGGAGAGCAUCAAGGUGAUGUUCAAUGACUCGACCCUGUCCAAGCCGAUGGUGCAGGAGGCUCUCCUCGACUGCCUUGACGAGUACCUAGACGCGUCCCAACAGCUGGACGACUCCAUUGCAGCGCUGACGGUGAAGGCGUAUGGGGACCUGGAGAAAUGGGUGAAUAUAGCCAUGACGGAUGUGCGCACGUGUGGGACGGAGUUGGGCAGCGAGCGCCCACCGCUGCUGACGGAGAGGAAUGAUGUGUUUAUUAAGCUGUGUGAAAUUGCGCUGACCAUUUCCAAGAUUGCGCAGGGUGAAAAGAACUGAUUAUAAU